AUGUCAAACAACAGUAGCAAUGUCUCCAAUUCAACGUCUGCAAGUAGUGGACAAACUGGAAAUAGUGGUUCAUCUUCACAGAGUUCCUUACCUGAUUAUAUUGAAAUACCACUUCUUUGUCUAACAAUUAUUUUUGCUAUUAUUUAUACAAUUAUUAUACUUAUUCGACCAACCUUUCGUGUUAAUAAACUUAAUUGGUUUACAAUAAAUCUAUGUUUAAUGAGUGCAUUACUUAGUGUGAUUAUGUUAUUAAUGAGUAUCAUACGUAUAAUGGGUAGUUCUGCCAGUUCAUUACCUUGUCGUUUACAAGGAUUUCUGAUGAAUAUGACUACCUGUCAAUUGAUGUAUUCUCAUGCUGUAAUUGCCAUAAGUCGAUUUCUAGCAGUUGUUUAUGCUAGUAAACAUUUUUUUCGUUCAACUUUAUGUCUUUUGGCCUGUCUUAGUUUUGGUUGGCUAGCAUCUAUUCUUGCUGCUGUUCCUUACUUGAUUGUAGAUAGUUUCUUAUGUUCAGGUUCAACAGGGGCAACUUUUUUACCAUAUUAUACACUUGUUGCUACUCUCAUCAUACCUGCUACGAUCGUUUUAUUGCUUAAUAUUCGCAUAUUUUGGUUUGUAUAUCAAUCAAGUCGACGUGUACAUACAGAAGGUGCUGGAGCGAAUGUCUCACAUGCACGUGAUAUGCAUUUACUCAAAACAAUGAUUGUUACCUUUUCAGUCUUUGUAUCGGGUUGGAUUCCACUUUUUUUAACACAAAUAUUUAGUCAGAGCUUGUCAGUAUCUACAAUUGCAAAUGAAAUCUUUCAAGUAUUACCACCAUUAAGUAUGCUGAUCGAUGUCAUCUUAUUAAUAUAUAUUAAUCAACCAUUACGUCUCUUUCUCUUGCAAUUAAUUAUGAAACGAAAUCGAGCUCAUAUACAAAAUACAAUAACUGCCAAAGGCAAGACAAACGCAAAUACUGGAAAAAAGCACUGA